AUGCAAAGCACCCGUCACCACCAACUAGUAGUUGCAGCAGCGGGUUUUUGGCAAUUGCUGGCGGUGCCUGGAAUAAAAAGAGUAAAAAAGGAAGAACUUCUGGGCCAUUCUAUCGCGAAACAUCUGUAUAUCUCGACGUCCACUACGUCGAUUCGCAAGCAGGUUGCUGCAGUAGAUGCGGAGUGAGCGAGAUAUCACCUAGAUCUGUCCGUCCUGUGAAUGACUGCCCCCUUAUGUCCACUCUUAUUGCUGUUUUGUAGGCAUAUCAACACAACACGCAAGCACGCACGCCAACAAGCCGCUUCUCUUCCUGCCGUUAGCUACAGCAGCGACGGCGUCUUGCUUCGAUGUCCCACACUCCUCCUUCUGUGUGUGAUGUGCUGGGUGCUCUGCAUGCUAUGUCUCUCGUGUAUUGCCCAGAACGCAGGUGAAGUGUGCGCCUCUUGCGCCCCUUGUCAUUUGUGCCACAGUACCGGGCGGCCAAGUCCCGCCUGUACUUCUAGUACAAAAAAUUGCGCAACACGAGCGACGAGCGGGGCGCCGCCACUAAAGCACGGCCUCUACCUACAUAAUCCGAAUCCACUCGCCUGUCCCAGAUUCUGUUGAAGUCCCUCCUGAUCUCACGGCCACACGAUAGGUACUUGGACCAAACCAGACCGUCGGUGUUGGAGAGCCUUUUGGCUGCGGCAAAAGGCAGCGGCAUCGCGACCGCGGGGCAGAACACCGCAUGCGUAGAAGGUGUGGAUAAGAUUUGUGUUCAUCUCUCGUUGUACAGAAAUAUUUCCCACGAAACCCUUGGGAGUAUGUGUGCCCAAGGAUUGUGCCCGACAAGUCUAUUACAGCCAUGAUGUACCAACAGCACGACUACGCACCGCAGCACCAGCGGGAGAGAGCGCCUACACUAUUGUACGACAGCAGUAUUAUUGCAGUUGUACAGCCAGCCUGUGCUUUGUGCGUGUCUAUCCCUUACCUGAAUCGUUUCCGGUGGUCAUGCCCAUGAGGUCUUGGGUCAGCCAACUCGGGGGGGUUUGAAUGACCACGGUCUUCCACCAACACAGGAAGCUUGGAACGGUGAAGUUCUUGUAGUUGGUCCUGGCGUGUGCAUCCCUCUGUUGGGUUGACAUGGUCCCGGCCUCCCGCUUGGUGACAAGGCACUGGUAGUAAGCUGCCGCGUUCUGGAUGAGCGAUAGGUGCUUCGGAUCCUGUUUGGUAUGACUGAGGUACUCCAGCAGAUC